AUGAAGAAGUGUAUCCCCUUAAUCGUCUUAUUAUAUGCUAUGCUGGGGAAUGACAUAAUAAAUUGUCGCCCCGUACCAGACAUUGUGUUCUCUACGUACACACCCCCCCCUAAAGAUGAAAAGGGUACAGGUGCUAAUGGAACUACUGCUACAACUACUGGUGGGAAUACUGGUACAACUACUGGUGGAACUAAAGAAGAAGGAAAAGGUACGACAGUUGAUAAAAGUGCACAACCAGAAUCUGAUAAAGAAAAAACUUCUGGAAAUUCUUCAGAUUCGUCUACACUUUCUUCAUCUGAUACAGGCAAAUCAUCCGGUUCUCCUGGUUCUUCCGAUUCUUCAGAUUCCUCUGAUUCUUCUGAUUCUUCAGAUUCCUCUGAUUCAACUGAUCCUUCAGGUAAAUCAAAAACCCCUGAUGGAACAGGCCAAAAAGAUACACAACAAACCCAACAAGUUCAAAACCAACCACAAGCUGAUGAUGCUUCACAAAACCAAGGUCAGCAAGCAAAUUCAAUCACCACUGAUACUAAUCAAUUACCAUCUGCAUCUGGGCCAACUGUAACUGACACAACUCCAACUGUCCAAACUCCACCUACUACUCAAGUAAUAGCACCUAAAAAUGUCCAAACUGGAUCAGUCGAAUCCGCUUUAUUAAAAAAUUUUAAUGGUGUAAAAAUUACAGGUGCAUGUGGUGAUGAAGUAGCUAUAUUUUUAGAACCAUACAUUUACAUCAAUGUCGAUUCUAAAAAUACCAAUAUAGAAAUGUCAGCAAACUUUUCAAGCUUAGUUGGUCAACAUAUUACAGUUUUUUCUGGAAGACCUCCAAUGGGAAAUGAAUGCCAUGAAGAGGACACCAGCCUUCGUUACAAAAUGUUAGUAUAUCUUCAAGGUGAUAUAUUAACAAUUAAAUGGUCAGUUUUCCCAUCUAGCACAAGUUUAUAUAAAUGUGAACAUUGCAAUGGCCAUACUAAUGAAAACGAAAAUGUAGAUGUAAAGAAAUACAAAUUACCUAAAUUACCAACACCAUUGACAACUAUUCAAGUCCAUUCUUUAUUAACCAAAGAAGACAAAGUUAUACUCAGAAGCAAAAAUUAUGCCUUAAAAAAUGACAUGCCAAAAAAAUGUGACGCUUUUGCAUCAAAAUGCUUUUUAAAUGGACAAACAGAUAUCGAAUCAUGUUAUACAUGCAGUUUAUUAACAGAAAAUGUUCCAACAACUGAUGAUUGUUAUAAUUAUUCUUCUCCUUUAUUUAAAGAAUAUAAUCAAUUAUUAACAACCGGACAAAGUGAAGAAGAUGAAGUUGAAAAGAAUAACUCAGCACUUGUUGAUUCUAUAAAUAAUUUAUUAAAUGGUGUAUAUAAAAUUGAUGAAAAUAAUAAUAAAGUUUUGAUAGAUGAAGAAGAAUUAACCAAUGAUUUAAAAAAAGAAUUAACUUAUUAUUGCCAUUUAUUAAGUGAAAUAGAUACUAGUGGAACUUUAGAAAAUUAUAAAGUUGGAAAUAGUGUUGAAGUAUUUAACAACUUAGCAAAAUUAUUAAAAAAUCAUGAAUAUGAAAGUAAAUUAUAUUUAAUUAACAAAUUAAAAAAUCCAGCUAUAUGUAUGAAAAAUGUAGAACAAUGGGUUGUCAACAGAAAAGGUUUGAAAUUACCAGUAACAUUAGAUAAUGAAGAAAAGAAAACAGAAAACACUAUAACUUUUGAAGAAGGACCAGAUGGUAUUAUAGAUUUAACUAAAACUACUGACGGAAGCCCAGUUACUACUUCUGCUGUAUUAGCUAACAAAAUAGAUGCAUUUUGUAAUAACGAAUUUUGUGAUAGAUUACAUGAUAAAACUAGCUGUUUAUCUAAAAUUAAUGUAGAAGAACAAGGAAAUUGUGCUACCUCUUGGGUAUUUGCAUCUAAAUUACAUUUAGAAUCUUCAAUUUGCAUGAACGGUUAUGAUCACACUAGCUCAUCUGCUUUAUAUGUAGCUAACUGCUCUCAAAAAGAUUCUAAAGAUAAAUGUUUAGCUGGAUCAAACCCAUUAGAAUUUUUAGAUAUCUUACAAACAACCAAUUACUUACCAACUGAAUCUAACUAUCCAUACAGCUAUAAAAAUGUUGGUGAUUCAUGCCCAGAAACUAAUGAAUCAUGGGUUAAUUUAUUUGACAAAGUAAAAUUAGAAAACUCAAACAAUGAUAACAAAUCAAUAAUUAAAGGGCAUACCUCAUAUGAAUCUAAAAAUUAUAAAACUAACAUGAACGAAUUUGUUGACAUUGUUAAAAAUAAAAUUAAAAAAUUAGGAUCAGUUAUUGCUUAUGUUAAAUUUAACGACUCUAUGGGAUACGAUUUUAAUGGAAACAAAGUUCACAAAUUAUGCGGAUCUGCUACUCCAGAUAUGGCAGUAAAUAUAAUUGGAUAUGGAAAAUACCUUAAUGAAAAUAAUGAAGUUAAAUCAUAUUGGUUAGUAAGAAACAGCUGGGGUAAACACUGGGGUCAUGAUGGAAACUUUAAAGUUGAUAUAGAAACUCCAGAAGAUUGUGAAGGCAAUUUCAUCCAUACUGCACUUGUUUUCGACCUUGAUUUACCAGUUGUUCAAAAAAAUACCAAUGAAGCUCCUAUCUACAAUUAUUACUUAAAGACCUCUCCAAAUUUUUACAAAAAUCUUUACUACAAUCAUGUCAACAAAACUAAUGGAGAAGUAUCAGACGACGCAGGCAUCUACGGACAAGCCGAAUCAGAACAACAACCAACUUCUGGUGGAAGUGAUGCAAACAAUAAAGGCGAAACAGGACAAAAUGGAGCAGAAAACACUCAAGGUAAAACAAAAACUGACCAACCUAGUAGUGAAUCUGGAUCCGAUAGAACAGAAACAAAAACUCAAAAUCAAGGUGGCGCAACAGGAGAAACAACACCAGGUACACCUGGCGCAGGAGGAGCAGCAUCUUCACCUGGUACAACAGGUCAAACACCCCAAGCUGCAUCUGGCGCACCAGGAUCAUCGUCUCCAUCUGGUACAGGAAGCGUAACAGUAGAAACACCAUCAGCUCCAGUUUCCCCACAAGGUCCACCCACUCAAGAUUCAGGUGCCACACAAGAACAACCAGCUCCAGCCCCAGUUAGUGAUGGAGAACAAUCUGAUGCACCAUCAACUGAGGACACAGAUGAUGCUACUCAAAAUACCGAAGUUUUCCAUGUUUUAAAAGUUGUUAGAGAUAAAAAAGUUCAAACAAGUUUAAUGAAAUAUGAUGGAUUCACCGAAAUGGGACAACAUUCAUGUUCAAGAGCCAUGAGUGCUGAUCCAACUAAAAAAGAAGAAUGUAUUACAUUCUGUCAUAAUAGAUGGGAUGACUGUUAUUUCGAUACAUACCCAGGAUACUGUUUAAAUAAAUUAAAAGGUGAUAAUGUAUGUAACUUUUGCGCUGUAUAA